AUGUCAGAUGCUGUUAAUUUUCAUUGUAUUUACUCACCGCACGCCUCACAUACUAUGAAUAAUCAUAUUCGAAAGCAACAACCUACUAUUAAAUUGAUCAACACCUGCCUUUCAACAGCUGCUCAAUAUCUCAAUCGAACUAAAAGCUUUCACGUUUCACCGAGUACGACGAUUAUCAACAAUAAACAUAGUAUACCGAUGACUAAGAGCUCUCAUCAACACAAUUUACUAGUAAAUAAUGUUGAUUUAGCAAGAUCCGUACCUUCAAAUAUUAACAAUGUUAAUCCUCGAUCCACAAUUCAUAGUCUUCCAAUAACACCCAUAGCCUAUCAUGAAAAUCGUGUUCAACCGGUUCCAUCAGAAAUAGGUUCAAAUGAAAAUAAUAAAGCUCAAGGCAUUGUAUAUACUUUACGUCGCUCAAUAAAAAGAAAUAAAGAUCGAUUUUAUAAUAAACGAUCAGCAACAAUGAAAUCUUGCAAUUCGUUAAUAAAUUAUCAACAAUCAACAAAUUCUCAACCGUCAGCAUCGAUGACGCCAGCAUUAUUUUUUCGUCGUAAAUAUUCAGAAAAUAAUGUUGGCUCAUGUACAACAAUUAACAAUUAUAGUUCGACUAUGUUAACCAAUGAUGACGAGUCGGAGCAGCAUGAUCAAAUGCCUCCACUACAACCAUUAGGUUUCAAUGGACGAAAUCGUAUGCUUCCGAAGAGCCCUCUAUCAACACCAUCACCUAUUGUUCACCAUCCACAACAAGCAAUUGUUCCACCUUCAACUGUAUCAUUACAAUCAAGUUCUCCAAUAACAAUAAACACUACCGAUUCAAAUCCAAUCGACGAUGUACAACAACCAGUAACAGAUCAUGAUUCUGGCGAGCAAGAACGAUUGAAAAACGAGUUAAUUCAAUUAAAAACUGAAUUACAAAAGUCAAAAGAAACAAUUGUACGUUUACAAAAAAGCGAAGAACAAAUGCGUGAAAGACUGGCAGAACAGGCUCAACGACAAUUAGAAAGAGGUGGUAAAUUUGAAGAUCUAAAUCAAGUGUCUCGUCCAACAGAGUUGAUUCGUGGAUAUAGUUCAUUAUACUCGCAAGCUCGUAUUGAUGCUCUUGAUGCAUUAGAUAAUAUUGCUGAAAUGUCUGAUGCCGAUGAUCUAAAAUCAAAAUUAUUAUUUUCCGUUGUUGUCCUUGCUUUUCGUUAUGCACAAAAUCAAGCAAGAGAUAUACGAAAUAAAAUUAAACAAAUUCUUCAAUUAUCUGAUGAUAAAAGUUCAAUUGUAUUGGAAGAAACAAUUGAAAAAUAUUUACGAACUACGAUACAAAAAUAUGACGUGGGGAAAAUUAAUUUUGAAGUCGAAAAUCAGCUAUGGACAACUCUGUAUGAUUAUCCAAGACUAAAAUCUUGUCAGGAAUUACUCAAAUAUAUUAAUUCAGCCUGUCGAACUGCAUGGGGCCUUGCCAAUCAAACACCUCCAUAUUAUAUUGAAUUUCAAACAACGAAAUAUGAUAAACAAAUUCAUGAACGUUUUCAUACGUCGGACAACGAAAGUGAAACCAUUAUUGAAUACAUAUGGCCUUGUUUAAUCGAUGGGCGCGAUCGAGCAUGUGUAGCUAAAGGCGUUGUUAUAACUGAUGAACGAUAUUUAUUAGUAUCAAAACCUCAAUCAUCUUAA